AUGACUUCUUGGCUAGUGCCUCCCAGCGGAUUCAAGGUUAGUGCUAUCUGCACAGAACUUGGCCCUUGCAUCGCAUGGAAGGGUCUUUUCCGCGGCCAAGGCCCGCGCUCCGAAUCAACUGGCCCCUCCUUCACGCGGAUCGCCAUGCUGCACCCGCAGCCGCGUGUCCUACGUAGUCGACCUGCAGCAUGCUAG